CCUUACCUCGCAGUCGUUGCUGGAUUAGAAAAAAAACAGACUUCUUGUUUCAGAGUUGAUCGAGAUGGAGUUCUGUCCAACAUGUGGGAACUUGCUGCGUUACGGUCAAUCACAGUUCUUCUGCUCGACAUGUCCUUACAUCGCCCGCAUAGAAAGACAGGUUGAGAUAAAGAAGAAGCAAUUGCUGGUUAAGAAAUCAAUUGACCCGGUUGUGAAGAAAGAUGAUAUACCAAAAGGACCUGAAACUGAAGCACCGUGUCCAAGAUGCGGGCACGACAAGGCAUACUUUAAAACAAUGCAGAUUCGUUCAGCGGAUGAGCCAGAAUCGAGAUUUUAUAGAUGCGUCAAGUGCGAGCAAACUUGGCGCGAGGAAUGAUCAUCCCUUUAUACUUUUCCAUCCACAAGAAAAGAAAGCCAAUCUAUCUAAUCAUUAAUUUCGCUCUUUUGAGUUUUUUUUUUGUUUGUUGUUUGUAACUUGUAACACUGGCAAUUUUCGAUAGCUUUCAGAGUUAUCUGCCUUUGUUUUGUUUGGGAAUGUUUCUGUGUGAUUUAAGCAGUUUUGAUGUUUGUUUACAGUUUCUUAUAAACCACAAUGAAACAUUCAUCUGAAUGGAUUUUCUUUGUAUU